CCCCCCCCAGACUCCCCCGCCCCCCCCUGCCCUGGCGCUCGCCGUCGGGCUUCCUCUCCCUCCCUCGCUCCCCUGCCACCUCUUCCCGGCUCCCUGUCGUGCCAAAUGACCACACACACACCCCCGCCCGGGGGAAAGCCCUCGGUGCUGGAACGCACGUCGGCGCUCCUCGCGCAGGUGGUGUCCGGCUCGAUGUCCGAGAUGGCUGGCAACGCCAUUCGCCGACUGUCGCUGGCUGUCACGCUGGUCUUCAUCCUGAUCGGCACUUCCAUCUUCUCGACCACCUUCUGUGCCUAUGUCUUCUCGCAGCUGCUCUGGCUGGUGCCGCUUGUCCUGCUGUACGCCGGGGCGCUGGUGCUGAUGGUCGGCUGUGUCGGCGUGGCCAGCACCCUGCUGGCGGCAUAUCGGACGGUGAGCACGCACGGCCCGCCGGAUGGCGGCCUCUUUGCCGAGCUGCUGGCCGAGCUCCGGUCAAUCAACUUCCUGUCCGGCGAGAUCUUCCUCCUCCUGUGGCCGCACUUCAUCAAUGCCUGCGUGACGUCCAUGCGGCUGGUGGUUUUCUUUGCCAACCACCUGCUUCUCGGGGUGCUGGACUCCUUCCAGUGCAUUAUCCGGGUGCUGACGGCUGCUGUGUCGUCGCUGCGCGUGCCGGCUCAGCCGGCCUCCCUCCCGGGGCGGCGGUGAGCCGGAAGCAUGCCCGCGCGGGGGGGGCAGUCUCCCCGCGCCGGCCGCCUUCGGGCCGGGCACCUCCUGCCUUUUCCCGGCGCAAACGGCCGGCCCGCCGAGCAAGCCACCCUCUCCCUUACAGAAGGGUGCCCACAUCACCCCGGGGGCCAGCGUGCUGCCCAGGCGGAAAAAAAAACAAAACAAACAAGCGCCACAAUGCACCUGUGCCGCGCGCACAUCCCAAUAAGGCACACGUAGCACACA